CUCUCCCUCUAUCCUGACCUCCUCCCGGUUUCUCUUCUCUGCGGUACAACUUGGUGCCCCUCCAAUUGAGCAACUACACACCCAUAUAACAGCCAUACACACACAUGAGGGAUGGCCGUCGCUGUCUUCGGAAAGAUCCUCAUCGGCAUUUACGUGGAAAUCAAACGGAGUGAUGGUCGAAUCCACCAGGCCAUGGUGACGUCGCUGAAUGAAGACAACGAGAGUGUCACGGUGGAGUGGAUAGAGAAUGGAGACACGAAAGGGAAAGAGAUUGACCUGGAGAGCAUCUUUGCUCUGAACCCAGAUGUGGCUCCAGAAGAGGAGGUAGUACAGAGUCCUGAGACCCCCCCUCCUGCUUCCUCCAUCUCCUCCGCUGCUAAACAAAUCAAGCCACCCAAGAACCGACGAACAAUAGCGCCCCCCAAGACUGAAACCCCAGCAAACAGAGCUGCAGCAGUGGGGACUACGCGAGCCAGACCCAGUCAAAUACAGCACCAGCAAAGCCAACCAGAACCACCCCCACCUGCAGCACUCACAGCCCUACAGACACAGCAGAUGACACUACAACAGCAGCAGAACGCACGGCGGAAAUCCAACUGUGUGAAGGAGGUGGAGAAACUACAGGAGAAGAGAGAGAGGAGGAGACUACAACAACAGGAGCUGAGAGAGAAGAAAGCACAGGAGGUAGAUGUGACUGUACCGAACUAUGAGAUCAUGUGUAUGAUCAGAGACUUCAGAGCCAGUCUGGACUACAGGCCUCUAACCACUGCUGAUCUGAUCGAUGAGGAGCACAGGAUAUGUGUGUGUGUACGAGCACGGCCCCUCAAUAAAAAAGAGUUGACUAUGAAGGACCUGGAUGUGAUCACCAUCCCCAGUAAGGACGUUGUGAUGGUCCAUGAACCCAAGCAGAAGGUUGACCUGACCAGGUACCUGGAGAACCAGACCUUCCGCUUCGACUACGCCUUUGACGACAGCACCGACAACGACAUGGUCUACAGGUUCACCGCCCGGCCACUGGUGGAGACCAUCUUUGAGAGGGGCAUGGCCACCUGCUUCGCCUAUGGACAGACAGGAAGUGGGAAAACACAUACGAUGGGAGGAGACUUUUCGGGGAAGAACCAGGACUGUUCUAAAGGGAUCUACGCGCUGGCUGCGAGAGACGUGUUUCUCAUGCUGAAGAAGCCAAACUACAAGAAGUUAGACCUCAAUGUCUUCGCCACCUUCUUUGAGAUCUACAGCGGGAAGGUGUUUGACCUGCUGAACCGGAAAGCCAAGCUGAGGGUUCUGGAGGAUGGGAAGCAGCAGGUGCAGGUGGUGGGGCUGCAGGAGAGAGACGUCAAAUGUACUGAAGAUGUCCUCAAACUCAUAGAGGUCGGAAACAGCUGCAGGACGUCAGGUCAGACCUCGGCCAACGCCCACUCGUCACGUAGCCACGCCGUGUUCCAGAUCAUUCUGCGGCGGCGAGGGAAGAUGCACGGCAAGUUCUCGCUGAUCGACCUGGCGGGGAACGAGAGGGGUGCCGACACGUCCAGCGCUGACCGCCAGACACGCCUGGAGGGGGCCGAGAUCAACAAGAGUCUGCUGGCACUCAAGGAGUGUAUCAGGGCUCUGGGUCGGAACAAGCCCCACACCCCGUUCAGAGCCAGCAAGCUGACCCAGGUUCUCAGAGACUCCUUCAUCGGGGAGAACUCCAGGACAUGCAUGAUUGCCACUAUAUCUCCUGGAAUGGCUUCCUGUGAAAACACUCUAAACACUCUGAGAUACGCCAACAGAGUGAAGGAGUUUGGGAUCAGCCCGUCAGACAUCCCCUUCUCCCAGCAGCAGGGUGGUGGAGGGGGGGGUCGUGCUGAACUCUCCCCCACUAACACCUACGAGUACGAUGACUUUCCCACCUCUCCCACCAGGGUGAAGGAGCUAACGGUGGACCCAGGGGUGAUGAUGGAGGGGCGGGGGGGAGGAGGGGGACACAGCGUUACCCAGCUGGAGGUCCUGGAGGCUCAGUGGGGGGUCGGCAGCUCGCCUCAGAGGGACGACCUCAAACUGCUCUGUGAACAGAACGAAGAGGAGGUGUCUCCUCAGCUCUUUACCUUCCAUGAGGCUGUGUCUCAGCUGGUGGAGAUGGAGGAACAGGUCCUGGAGGACCACCGAGCUGUGUUCCAGGAGUCUAUCCGUUGGUUGGAGGAUGAGAAGGUGUUGUUGGAGAUGACAGAAGAGGUGGAUUAUGAUGUGGACUCUUAUGCCACGCAGCUAGAACAGAUCCUGGAUCAAAAGAUAGACAUCCUCACUGAACUCAGAGACAAAGUGAAGGGUUUCCGUUCUACACUCCAGGAAGAGGAGCAGGCGAGCAAACAGAUCAACCCCAAGAGGCCUCGUGCUCUUUAGACAUGUCAUACACACCUACACACCCACACACACACACACUUGUACGUACACACAAACACGUACACACAAACACACACUAAUCUCAACACUUAACUGGAACCCUCUGACGUAAAGGAUACUUAAGACUGCCAUAAGCGUGACAUAACUGAUGUCAUAAGCCAAUGGUCCCUAAUCGAUGGUCGUAUAUUUCUAAAUGUGGGUGGUGGCCUAAGGCUUGUUUGAUUUGGCCAGAGGGGCAUAGUGAAAGGCUUUAAAAAUAAAUGGGGUCACAGCACAAAACAUCUGGAAACCACUGUUGACAAGCAACUGAUUUAGACCCUUGUUUAGACCUAAAUAAAGUGCUAUGAUGUAAGUUAUGAUUUAAGGAUGAUGAGGUGUUGCACCAUUUUCUAUGUACAGGCUCCUCCCAUUGCUGCUUGUUAAUAUCACCCAUCCAUCCAUCCAUCCGUCUGUAAAAGCGAGGGCAGAUUCCCUCUUCUUUCCAUCCCCCUGUAGACUGUAUGUACAUGAGUAAUGUAUCUGUGUUGUGUACCGACUAUCGACCGCUUCUCAUUUAAACAAAGAAAAGACGGAAGGAUUUAUUUUAAGCACCUUUUUAUAAGAUGAAUAUGUAAGAUAUGAUCGUUUUUUUAAUUGUAAGAAUAAAACCACUUAUUUAGUAACUAUGAAGUACUUAAUCAGAUCUUGCUCCUGGAGAGUUGUAGUGUGUGCAGGCAUUCUUUCCAGUCCAGCACUAACACACCUGAUUCAACAAAUCAACUAAACACCAAGACCGCCAUCAGCUGAAUAAUAUGUGUUAGUCUAAGCCAGCACACACUGCAUUCAGCUCUCCAGGACCAAGAGCAAUGAACACUGAUUUAGUAAGAAAUACAUUUCUGACCACCUCUUCUGAUCGUGUAUCCUAUAUGGGUUGAGGAAGUGAUCAGGUUUUGGUCUGGGAGCCAACCAGAUGCAUGCAUGCACAAACCAGCUGUGAUUGUACUAUAAACCUCCAUUGAUCUGACUAUACCCUCCUGUGUCUACUGUACAUAAAUCCAUUACUCUUUAGGACCGUGUUCUCCUACAGUGUUUCCUCCUACCAUUUCUUAGGCAAGGCGGCCCACCUGGUCAGCACUGUUGCCCCCCCCCACAUCUAAAAAGACUGAUUUGAAAUGUUCAGUAUCUUCAACCUUCUGAUGUUGCUUUUGGGGGACGUUGCGCCUCGCCUAAGAAUAAAGCUUGCAGAAACACUGUCUUACAAAUGCUUCUAAUGACUAGCUUGUAGAAAACUGCUAUAUGUACCAACCUGCCUCUUAACAAGCCCAGUCUCAGUUGUAUCUGUCCAUUCUGUUUACAAGGCAAUCAAUAUGCUAUUAACUGAAGAAAUCCCCUGGUACUAUGAAUCUUGUAAAAAGUCUCUGUUUUCUCCCCCCAUCCCAUUUGAAAGUUGUUUAUUAAAGGGAAGAUAGAUGUAUAGUGAGGACUGAGUUGGGACCUAGCUGCUGCGGUGUAACUGGAACUGGACUACAGUACCUUAUGUUAAUGUCAUGUGCAUCAGAUGUAACGCUGCCUGGCGUAAAGAAUAAAGAACCACAUGACUGACUGGA